AUGUCUGGUUUUCUGUCACCACAGCUAUUUGAAGCACUUCAGUUCCCAGUGCCAGGAAUAAGCAGGCACGUCGCUCAUGCUACACUCGCAGCUGAGCUGAAAGUCCUUAAAUCUGAACUACCAAUAUCCAGUGUUGCUUAUCAGCGAAUGUCUAUUAUGAAAACUUGUCUCGAGACACCCCGCGGCGACUGUCGAGCGAGUUUAUCGCAGAUGGGCACAAACCAUACCCCGCGGCGACUGUCGAGCGAGUUUAUCGCAGAUGGCAAGCUGCUGUUUGCCGGAAGUGGGGGAAGUGCGACUUACAAAUGGUUUACACAUUGCAAUUUGGAAAGCACAGCUUUUAACACUGGAAUUGUGUUAUCAAUUAAAAAAGUUUCAGGCAAAGGCCGAGGGAAAACUCCACCAUGUGAACCGGUCUUGCCUUCCAUGAAACAAACUCUAGAAGAUGAACCAUAUCCUAAACUUCGGAAUUUUAAAAUGAGACUAUUAGAUGUUAACUCUGUUCGAAAUCUAUCAUUUGAUGAUGAUGUAUCCUGUAAAGAUUCAGAAUGGAAGCUAAGUAGUGGCAAACUUGUGGCAGAAAUUUUGGCAAGCAGUACCAUGAAAGCAUUGGAAACUUCAAAAAAGGCUACAAAAAAACCUGAUGCCUUUGUGAACAGUAUUAUCUGUCUUGGGCUAUCAUGUAUUGUUGACCUUGAUUCAGAAUUUUCUAAUGGGAUGCACAUGUGGUUUGGCAAUGAGUGGACUGCCUUGAAAGAAAAGGUGUAUGAACAUGUUAAUAUAGUACCAAAACCUUUUGAUGGCAAUGUAAAAGAAGUGAUUGAUCAAAUUGACAUGGUAUAUUCAAACAAUUACAAUUAUCAAAAUGGGCAAAGAAAAAGGUUAACAGAAAUGGAAUUUGUUCUGAAGAUGAGGGGUGAGACAGAGACAAAAUGUACUAGUACACCUGCGUGCAGAAAAAUCAAUAUGAGGAUUGUCCAUCAAGCUCACAAUAUUGAACUUAGCCACACAGAAUGUGCCCAAUCUCCCGCGCCUAUGAAGGCUGUUCAUGAUUGUUCCAAGUUGUUAAGAACGAAUAAGUGUGUACUUGACAAAUAUCUGAUGGAAAAUAUACCAAUGGAUACAUAUACAGAAACAACUGUGUUUGACUUACAAGUUGCUGGGUUAGAUGCUCAGUUAAUUGGUAUUGAUAUUUUUGACUAUGGUCUUUAUUUUGGCCUGGAAGGAGCUUCAUUUAGCUUUCCCUCACAGUUGACACAAAUUACAAUUUUGCAACGAGCUCUUGAAGUUUUGUAUUUCUUUAAGGACAAUAUUAAACGUAAAGCCAUUGCUUUACCUGAUCCUGUUCAUAGUAUAAAUCCAGGGACAUCAAAACCAAAACAUUAUAAAGCAAGCUUCAUAAAGCCCACGUUUUUUACUCCCGAGGAAAUG